UCCAACAUUUUCAUACGGUAUGGAAACUGUUACUAUCAGAAAAUGGUGAAUUACACUUUGUUUGUAUCUGUGUUCUUUGUGCUCAAUGAUAUCAGCAUUUUCUGUCAACAAAAAGCAAACAAAGUGGGUGAAACUGACAAGAAGAUAGGACAACAAUGGUAUUCUGGGGAUUACAUGUACAAUAAGGCUGUAUUAGGUGAGAGACAUCGUCAGCCACCAGAGCAGCAGCCAUGUUCCCUGACCAUCCAGGUACCCAUGGCCUCCCUUCAGGCCCACUGCCCUAACACUGCCCACAACACAGAGGAUCUCUGCGACAAGAAGGUGGCAGAAAGCCUGCAACAAUGCCAGACACUGAUCCAAGAAGCCGAGAGAAAGUUCCAGCAUUCUCUGCUUCACGAGGCUUCGGUGAGGUUGGAGCUGGAGCAGAGGUUCCUCCACCUUGAGAACCUCACUAGGCACAUUGCAAAGUUUUACAAGGAGACAGACUUCCCCAACAAGGAGCUCCUCCAGCACAUGUUGAACAGGCUACACCUGGAGAAACUGGCCAGAGAGGACUUGGAGGCAGAGGUGGCCAGGCUGCAGCAAAAGCUACAAGUAUCAGAGUCAAUCAUUGACUGUGAGUACGUGCGGCGACCUGGUGUCUACACCAUUCGACCUCUGACCUCUGAGAGGUCAGUACAGGUGUACUGCGACAGAGGCUGGACUGUCCUACAGAGGAGAAUUAAUGGUGUUGUUGACUUUUAUCGUGGCUGGCAGAGUUACCGCGACGGCUUUGGUGACUUAGAAGGGGAGUUCUGGCUGGGUAAUGACAACAUCCACGCCAUCACCAAGCAGACCAACUACAGAUUACAAAUAGAAAUGACAGAUUGGGAAGGAGAGGCAUUUUUUGUGGAAUACGAUCAAUUCUGGAUUGAGGGUGUAUCCGAUAACUAUCGUCUCCAUGUUGCUGGUCACCAUGGCAACCUUAAAGAUGGCUUGAACAGGAAAGGUUCAAGGCACAACCACAAUAACAUGCCAUUCUCCACAUUUGACCAGAACAAUCAGCCCAACAAGACCAGUUACUGUGCAGAAAUUUACCAUGGGGCCUGGUGGUAUAACUCGUGCUACGCCUCAAACUUAAACGGCCGAUACUGCAAUCCGGAAAAAGUUGACAGCCAGCUUCUGGCUCAGUGCAUGGUCUGGUGGAGCGGGAACGAAGAUCACAUGAUUGUCAUGAAGACUGUGACCAUGCGGGUGAGAGAGACACAAGACAGCAUUCUGUACCUCCGAGAAGUGGAGGAGGACUAGGUCUGCGCCUCAUGAGUUGUCAUCAAGGGAAAAACAACAGAAAACCUUUUUGUACGGUGAAGAAAUGCAGCACAUUAUUUGCCUUCAUGGUCACCAUGAUAGCUGUAACACUACAGACUGACAGAGAGUAAUGACACAAAUGUCACCAAAGUAGAGACAAAGCUGGUUUAUCCACGUCCUCCUCACCAUCUAGCUAUUCACUACCUGUAUGUCAUUGUUUUUCCAUUGCAUUCGUAUCUAUUAUCAAAACUCAAUAAACCAAAUUUUUCUUGCAUGUAAAUGUACAGUCAUUUGUGCUCUCCAUCAGAGCACAUCUAAGGUAUAUACUACAGAAGUAUAUAUUUCAGUAUUAAUGUCUGACACAUCACAUGGUAUAAUUAAUUUGAUAUUAAUUCACAAACAUUUAUCAUAUUUCACCCAAAAGUUCAGCAGUUUUCAAGUCGAGUCAGUCUUUCACCUUAUAGGCAUAUACUUAAGAGUUUUUUUGAAGUUUAAAUAAUUUCUUAUGCAAAAAAUACUUAAAGGUACAUACUUCCAAAAGAAAUACAGAAUUUCUGAGUUGGUUCAGCUAAAUUUAAUACAAAAAUGAGUUGCAUUUGACUCUUAACUAAUCCCCCAGGGCCUAUAUUUUCCAAAAAAUGUCAGUUAAGAGAAUUAUGAGGGGAAAUCCGUCAAUGUACUAAACUGUCCGCUCGAUGAGAUAACAUGCAAUUGGGGCAGAGCAAAGAUUCCCACAUUACAGCGUACACUCAUGGAUCGCACAUGUAAACAAUACAACAGAUUAAAAGCGAAUCAUAAGUCUGGUAAACCAAAUAUGAUCUUCCUGUCUAUUGAAAACGUUUGAUAAAGUAUUCGUAAUUCCCAACGAUCUGUACGGCAGAACUGAAGUUACAUGGUAGGCUGCAUAAUUAGAACACAGUGCCAUGUCUGACAUUUCAAGUUCGCUGAACAUCUGUCAUCGUCUAGGAAACACAGGGAGGUAAUCACCUCAAAAGAGUCAUUCUAAAUACAGCGACUUGAGUGAGUUGAUGGUCAAAGGGAAAUCCGGGAUAAAAGUGAAUAUCCGACAGUUCACUCUAAGUUAGACACAUGUCAGUAGACAUCUGGAAGCCUCAACUUUAUGUAAAUGAUGUCUAAAAUAUAACAGCACAAUUUUUUCGACGUCGGUGCCAGUAUCUCUCUUUAAGUGUUGGCAUUAAAAGUAUCACAAUAAGACUUUGUGUGAAUCUGAAAGUGCAUUUUUAACUUCUAAUCUCCAGGUAAAAUACAGUAACUGAACUUCUCUGACAGCUAUAAAUGUUCAUAUGUAAACUUCCAUUUUACCGAGAUAAAGAGAUGUACACCCAUGAAAGUCAAUCAUAUAACUGCUUCACCCAGAUUCUAAAGUAUACAUGUGCAUGUACCUGUCACACCUGUAACAGCCACAUGUACCUUUCACACCUGUAACAGCCACAUGUACCUGUCACACCUGUAACAGCCACAUGUACAUUUCACACCUGUAACAGCCACAUGUACCUUUCACACCUGUAACAGCCACAUGUACCUUUCACACCUGUAACAGCCACCUUCUCAUCUUACAGGAUUAGACCUGUAGUGUUUGAUUUAAGUUUACUUCUUAUGAGAAACUAUACUAAUCACUGUGUCCAAUAACCCUUUCUUUUUACUCAAACUGUAUCACUUGAAACCACUCUUCAGAUGAAAUGAAGAUGUGCGACAGGAAAACAAAUGGAUGUAACUGAUGUGCCAAUAAAGUUAGUCCAGAAAAAAAAUGUGCUUGAUUUUAGAGCUGAUUUUGUCUGCAGCAGACUGCUGUGGCCAUAUUUUCCUCAUCUUUUUAUCUCUGUUAGU